AUGGACGACCAACUGGACGAGGACUCUCAAUGCUUUUCGCUGCUUUUAGGCUAUUCUUCUCUUGUUCCUCCGAGCAAACUCUCGUGGCCAUCUGAAGUUAGCUUUUCUCAAGUCCACUCAUUCCUGCUCAAUCGCAUUCUACUUGAUCCGCAUCUCACCAGUUAUCCCCCUUCCGAGAGAUAUCAGCAAUCAUUCUGGAAAUGGGUCAUCAAGAAUGUUGAAGCUAUGGAUAGGAGCGAUGAAGAUGACGAGCUGGACGAACGAAUAUAUAACCAUCACUUGUCCUUGCUGUCUCAUGACUCGAGCGGCCCGCCCCCACAAUCCUAUGUGACCAGUUACUGGAAAGGUCCCGCCUUUCAGCUCUCGCUACGGACCGCGACGUUGCUAGAAUCGCGAACAACGAUCGAAGGCGGUACGACUGGUCUGCGUACAUGGAAGGCGAGCUACGCUUUGUCCAGUUUUUUACUCAAGCGACCGGGUCUGGUCGCUGGUAAGCAUGUCCUCGAGUUAGGCUGCGGAACGGGAUUGCUAGGUAUAAUUGUAGCCGGCAUCCAACAGUUUGCGGGCGAUGUGUCUGCAGAUGGAAGUCAACUGUGGCUUACGGAUAUCAGUGACCUUGUCCUAGAGCGGUCUUCAAACAACGUUCAGCUCCCCUGCAAUACCUCUUCAAUCCACCCGAACGUUCGCUAUGCCAGCCUCAACUGGUCGGACGCGUUGGAAAAAGAAGGAGCAGCAAGUCUCACCUCCUUACUCGAAACAAUUAAUCCAGACAUGAUACUUGGUGCAGAUCUGGUUUUUGAUCCAUCGCUGGUAUCACCUCUGGCUGCGGUUCUGUCUCUUGCUCUCUCAGUAAAAACAGGAUCAAGCAGAAGCAAAGAGGCAUUCAUCGCGCUGACGAUCAGAAAUGAGCAAACACUCGCGUACUUCUUGGAAGUAGUCGGAGAAAAGCUACAUUGUGAAGAGCUUCACCUGGAUGAUGCGGGUUCAAGUACCAUUCUCACAGGCGCCAUGGAAAGUGACCUGGACAAUAGUCAAGAUGUCAAAAUAUUCAAGAUUACGAAAGGCUCCAGACCCCCGUAAGGCCGGUGGAAGACAGUCAAUCAGCCACAGUGCUGCGUAAUUCAAUAUCAUGGAUUUUGGUGAAAUGCGUUGCGGUAUCAGUGUAGGAAAGAGUCUGUAGUGUAAACCAUGAUACAAAAGGGGCUAAGAGAGCUACAGACUUAAACAUCAUAGUAAUUUAUACAUCAU